CGAAGCAUUUGAAAAAGAAGUAAAAGUAUAACACAAUGGUUGAUCAGAAAAGAAACGAUAUUGUUGAAACAUCUGCAGAAGAUACUGAGCCCGUGAGCAACAACGGACAGAGCUCCUCUGUAAUGGAGAAAAUAGUAGGACGCCGACUUAAAAACGACCAAAUUGAGUAUUUGGUAAAAUGGAGAGGACGUCCUGCCGAGGAAAAUACCUGGGAACUUGAAAAAGCAAUUGAAGAUCCACUUAUUUUGGUCUCGUUUGAAAACGAAUUGAGAAGGAGGCCAAACGAAUUACCACGUAAUAAAAAGUGUACCAAAAAAAACCAAGACGACAUUCUUCUUUGGUCCUUGUCUUCAUCCGAAGAUGAAGAUGAAAGGAAAGAGAAAGAAGAAGCAGAAAACAGGCAGGUAGAUGAGAAGGACGACAAAGAGCAGGAUGAAGAAGAAAAUGAGGAAGGGGAGGAGUUGGAAGAAGAGAAGGAUGAAGAAGAGCACGAUGAAGAAGAGAAUAAGGAAGAAGAGGAGGGAGAAGAAGAGAAUAAGGAAGACGAGGAGGGAGAAGAAGAGAAUAAGGAAGACGAGGAGGGAGAAAAAGAGAAUAAGGAAAAUGAGGAGGGAGAAGAAAGGAAGGAGGUAGAAGGGGGGGAGCUAGAAGAGGUGGAGGAGGUAGAACAGGUGGUGGAGGUAGAAGAGGUAGAAGGAGAGGAAGAGGAGGGAGACGAAGAGGAGAUAGAGGAGGGGGAUAAAGAUGACGAUGAAAAUGAUAAUGAAAAAACAGGUUUUGAGCGUGGUUUGAAACCAGUUAAAAUUCUGGGUGCCACGGAUAGAGACGGGGAGCUGAUGUUCCUUAUGGAGUGGGAGGGAACUACUGACAAGGAUCUGGUGAAGGCAGCCCAGGCCAAUGUACUUUGCCCUAGUCUCGUGAUUGAGUUUUAUGAGCAGAGGCUUGUGUGGUAUUAA